CAACGACAGCCGAUUCCAACAUUCCAGCUACACAUCUUCCCACUCGAACGUCACUCGUUAUCUCUCCCUCUCUCUCAUCUAUACCCCCCUCUACCCCUCCUAUCCCCCUUCCCCACACCCUCGCCAUGAUCUUCCACCUCUCCGCCCUCUCCAUCAUCGUGGCCAUCGUCGCGCUCCUGUGGUACUACCGCCAGCGCAUCUUCGCCCUCGCGUCGCCAUACCUCCCCUCGCAGCUCGUUGCGCGCCUGUCGAACUACACGCCCCUGCAGUCGUACAGCUUCGCCGACCAGCAGGCGGCCGGCAUGUCCUCGUCCAACUUUGACCUCGAGGCCAACACUGGCGAGGGGAGCAGCGAGAGCCGCCUCGGACUCGACGAGGCUGGUGUCGAGGAGGUGCGGAGGAUCAUGGCCAUCGAAAAGUGCACUUUUGACCAGGCGCGUCUGAUCCGCCACAACCGCAUCCUGGCCAAGAACGGCAUUGCCCCAGAUGGCACCCCGCUCGACCGCAAGGCCAUCACCCGCCUCUAAGUUAUCAUCGCUGCCAUGGUGACGCUCUUCUCCCUGUCCAGUCUUGCCCGCGCGUGGCGCGCAUUCCUGUGCACCUGCCCUCUGCUUCUCUUCCUCGUUCUUGUUGGCGCCGCGGCCCUGUCCAGAGCCCUGCCGGCGCGACACACACUCGUUGCUUUCCAGCUCGCCUGAUCUGAUCUGAUCUCCUUCGUCUUUGGUUUUUCUCAUUACUGUUUCUUAGAUAUACCCCCGGUCCGGCUGUGCUUGUUGUUGGAAUGCAUCAGAUAUGAACAA